AUGGCGACCACUGCGAGCAUCCCGAAAAACGACUUUCGCGACGAGAAAUACUCGAAGCUGGAAAGCCAUUUUAUUGGGCUUGACAAAAACGAUGUCUAUGCCUAUUCCAAAGCCCUGCUCUCACGUGCAGAAUUCAAGCCCAUCUUUGACCCUUGGGUAGAGUCUGUGAAGACCCCAUUCAGCGGCAUCACCACCGACGGAACCAAGAUCGAAGGUGUCUAUAAGCUCGAGGAGAACAGAGCACCUACAGACGAAAUGGUGGCCGCCGCCAAUCUAGUGCUCGAAGUUUUGACCCCAGAGGAACGGGCCAGGGUCACUGGCGACCUAGACGCUGAACACUGGAGAAAGUGGUCAAAUCCCGAAUUUAUCUUCUUCAACGACUGCGGCCUACGACUAGACCACGGCGUGAAAAAAGAGACGAUCGAUGUCAUCCUAGGCUUACUUCGGGCAAGCUUGAGCCAGAAAGGUUACGAAAAGGUUCAAGCAGGCCUGGUUACCAAUGAGUUCCUUGGCGACCUAAUCAACCUGCCCAAGAUACUUAACAGAUGGAGUUAUUUCUUUAUGCUGCACGGUACCCCAAGUACCACCGAACCCUGGGGCUUUACGUGGCACGGCCACCACGUGUGCGUCAACGUCUUUGUGGUCGGAAAGCAAAUGGUGAUCGGUCCUUGUUUCAUUGGCGCAGAGCCCAACGUCAUUGACGAGGGUCCACACAAGGGCACCUUCUUGCUACAAGAGGAGGAGGUCACUGGGCUGCAGCUUAUGCAGUCUCUUACCCCCGAACAGGCAAAGAUUGCAGUGCUCUACCCUGAGAUGGAUGGCGAACUCCUUCCCAAGUGGCGAUAUAAUCCUGCGGACCAGCGUCAUCUUGCCGGGGCCUAUCAAGAUAACCGGCAGAUCCCAUAUGAAGGGAUCAACUGCAGUGAAUUGAACGACACUCAACAGGCCUUGCUGUGGACUGUCAUCGAGAGCUUUCAAAAUAUCCUGCCCGAGGAGCCUCGCAAGCAGCGCAUGGCUGAAGUUCGGGCAUACUUGGCCGAGACGUUCUUCUGCUGGAUUGGCCGCUAUGGUGACGAUGAUCCAUUCUACUAUCGCAUCCAAAGCCCGGUGAUUCUCCUCGAAUUUGAUCACCACUCGGGCCUCGCGUUAGAUAGUGAGCGUAAGCCGGUCAAGCACCAUAUCCAUACCAUACAGCGUCUCCCGAAUGGGAAUGACUAUGGCAGGGAAGUUAUCCGUUUAUUCCGCGAAAGUCGUUGA